CCUCGACUUCCCCCAUCGUUCCGAACGGUCUUCUUUAAAUAUCGCCCGUUCUCUAAAGAGUUGCUUUGCCAAGUGCUCUUUAAAAUUUCGAAAUACUUCAAGCCUCGGUAGCCCACAAUCUACUGGUUAGGCUUUUGUUUACUUUUCUGAACCCCCUCCUCACCUUUCUGUCCCCCCUCCUCACCUUUCUGUCUCAGCUUUUCAAGCAGCAGACGAAGCCCAUCAACCCAUCCGAGCGAGCAAAUUCAAGCAAAAUGACGCUCUACUACAGUCUUGUCUUUGUUCUUCUCGUCCUCGAGAUGGGCGUCUUCAUGGGCCUGAUCGUGCCCCUCCCCUUUUCCGUCAGGCGCAAGCUUUUCACCUUCGUCUCGGAAAGCCCGGUAAUAGCGAAGUUGCAAUAUGGUCUGAGGAUCACAUUUAUCUUCAUCCUCAUUCUGUUCAUUGACAGCGUCAACCGGGUGUACCGGGUACAGCUGGAGGUGUCCGCCUUCUCGAAGGAGGGUGGAAAUGUGGGCAGAGGGGCCGCCCUCGGUACCGACCGCUCGGAAGUCCAAGCCCGCAAGUUCUACUCUCAGCGCAACAUGUACCUCUGUGGAUUCACUCUCUUCCUGUCUCUUAUCCUCAACCGCACCUACACCAUGAUCCUUGAGACCCUCCGCCUUGAGGACCGUGUUAAGCUUCUCGAGGGCAACAAGCAGUCUGGCGGCAAGGACUCAGCCCGUCUCGCACAGGCUGGUGACAUGGGCGAGAUUGGACGCCUGAAGAAGGAGCUUGAGGCCAAGGAGCGUGAUAUCGAGACUCUGAAGAAGCAGACUGAGGGCCUCACUCGGGAAUACCACAAUCUCGGUGACCAGGUUGCGGGCAGCAAGAGCGAAGGUUCCGGUGAGAAGAAGGAUCUGUAAACCUUCACUGUUGGCACGAUCUCAGACAGUGGGGCCUCUUGGUUGACGUUGACUGGCGACAUUAAUUGUUGUUCGAACAACGCAUGGAGAGGUCUCUGUCAUGGUCAAAAGACUAGACUAAGCCUAUCAGCUUUAUGUCUUUCGGAAUGUUGAUUCUCGGACCAUUUCAGUCCAUGCCGCGGUACUUUGAAAGAAAAUGUUUUGUUAUCGCCUAUUCUUGUACUUUGGUGCGAGGGGAGUUAUGAGUGCGUACAUAGGAUGCACAUAUUGUUGAUCAUUCGGUGGAAGCAUCCAAUAUCUAAAUUACUACUCUACGAAUAACGUUGUAUGCAGUCCGGAUUUCGAGUUUUUUGGGUCAUUUCAGUUAAAAGUGUUCUACCUAUCUAAACAACGCAGCCGCCAGCAGCUGCCAAAGUAUAUUAGACUUUUGUAGGUUAUAACAGUUGCCCAAUCGUGGCACUACUUCUCCCCUGAAACGUGGGAUCCUGUUAU